AAGAUUCCGGAUCCAUUAUUAUUCCCUUUGUUUAUUCAGAUUCACAAGUUCCUCUUUCUCUCAAUCAAGCUUUGCUUUUGCAUCUUCUUUUCUUUUAUUUGGUCCACCCAAGAAACAAAAACUCAAAGGGACGAUAAUCCUCUCCAGAAGCCAAAAGCCACCACUACCAUAUACUUAUUAUCACUAUGAGUUCUUCCACCGCUGCUUCCUUUCAUAAACGUUUCAAGCCUAACCACCACCACCACCACCACCACCACCACCAUCAACAUCACGCGUUCACGUUCACUUUUCUUCACUCUUGUUUCUUCUUCUUCUUUCUCUUGUCAGCUCCUCCUCCUGCAUGCGCUUCAACGUUUUCUGGUAAUGAAACUGGAGAUUUAGAAAAACAAGGUGAUUUGUUUCCACAGAUUCUACGAGAUGAGGCAGUGGGGAGACUCUAUCAGCUUGGAAAGGUGAGUGAUGGUAAUGGCUAUCUGGAGAGAACAUUCUUGAGUCCUGCAUCUAUGAGAGCAAUCAACGUUAUCCGCGAGUGGAUGGAGGACGCUGGUUUGAGAACUUGGGUGGACCAAAUGGGAAACGUACACGGCCGAGUUGAAGGUGCGAAUCCAAAUGCCGAGGCCUUAUUGAUUGGAUCUCACAUGGAUACUGUUGUGGAUGCUGGCAUGUUUGAUGGAUCACUAGGAAUAGUAUCAGCAAUAUCUGCACUAAAGGCUUUGAAAGUCAAUGGAAAGCUGGAAAAGCUAAAGCGCCCUGUUGAGGUGAUUGCAUUUUGUGAUGAAGAAGGAGUGAGGUUUCAAACUACUUUCUUGGGUAGUGGCGCUAUAGCCGGCAUUUUACCUGCUACAACAUUGGAGAUAUCUGAUAAGAGGGAUGCAAUGAUAAAAGAUGUUCUCAAGGAGAAUUCUAUAGAAAUUACAGAGGAAAGUUUGUUACAGCUCAAGUAUGAUCCAAAAUCUGUUUGGGGCUAUGUUGAGAUUCACAUUGAACAGGGGCCUGUGCUAGAACAGAAGGGUUUUCCACUUGGUGUGGUUAAAGGCAUAGCUGGCCAGACCAGAUUGAAGGUUACUGUUAGAGGAUCACAGGGUCAUGCCGGGACUGUACCGAUGUCCAUGCGCCAAGAUCCUAUGGCUGCUGCUGCUGAAUUAAUAGUAGUUAUGGAAAACCUCUGCAAGAACCCAGAAGAAUUCCUUUCUUAUGAUGAUCAUUGCAGUGAUUCUACGGUGAAAUCACUUUCGAGUUCACUUGUUUGUACAGUUGGAGAGAUAUCAACAUGGCCGAGUGCUAGUAAUGUCAUUCCAGGCCAGGUUACAUAUACUGUGGACAUUCGAGCAAUUGAUGACCUUGGACGCGAGGCUGUUAUCUAUGAUUUAUCAAAAAGAAUGUAUCAAAUAUGCGAUAAGCGCUCCGUUUCCUGCAAUAUUGAACAUAAGCAUGAUGCAGGUGCUGUGAUUUGUGAUUCUGAGCUAAGUUCGCAGCUCAAAUCCGCAGCAUAUUCUGCACUAAAGAGGAUGGAGGGUGACAUUCAGGAUGAAGUUCCAACAUUGAUGAGUGGAGCAGGCCAUGAUGCAAUGGCUAUGUCUCAUUUAACAAAGGUUGGGAUGCUGUUUGUGCGGUGUCGCGGAGGAAUAAGUCACUCUCCUCAAGAGCAUGUUCUAGAUAAUGAUGUUUGGGCUGCUGGUUUGGCAACCCUCUCAUUUCUGGAGAAUCUAUGAAACUAAAUAAUAACUUGUGCAACACUUUGUAGUAAUAUAUAUAGAAAAAAAAAAAAAAAGAAAUCAUAACAUGUAAUUAUCCCUUAAUUUUUUGAGUUAAUUCAUCAUAAUCCAGCCUCCUUCUUUAGAUAACUUGAGUCUCCUUUUAGAUAUUUAUAUUAGUGUACUUGAAUUUUUAUUUUUUGGUUAUCUUGCCAUAUAAUUGGAGGGCCUGUACAUUCUUCUGAA